UUUAUUUCACACCUCAAAAAUAAAAUCGUUGGGAUUCAUUCAGCUCGAUCAUGGCCGAAUCACCGGAGCGCGGCAGCAAGGAGAACGUACCUGAAGCAGCCAGCAAGGAGGCAGCCGGACCCGAGCAGGCAGUCAAGGAGAAACCAAAGGCCAAAGAAAAGAAGGCUAAAGAUGAAGAAAAGGGCCGCCCAUCGGUGGGUGCGGCAUUAAUAGCGGCAGCGAAGCCCGCCCCACGCUAUGCGCCCACCUACCGCCUGGAGCCGAAAAAUCCAAUGAAGCAGGAACGCCUCGAGAUUGUUGUUAAGUCCGAAAUGAAUAAGAACUACGCCGAUGACUACACAUUCCAUCCGAAGUACUCCCUGCACAUGGCCGCCCAGGUCGCCGAGGACAUUAAGGCGCGCAUCAAGCUACUGAAUUUCGAUCGAUAUCGCUAUAUAGUGCUGAUCACCGUUGGCGAGUAUCUAAUGCAGGGCCUCUACUCGAUGGCCAACUUCCUCUGGGAUGCCGAAAAGGAUGGCUAUGUCAACUAUACCAUUGAAACGCCCAAUUAUUUUGCUGUCUGCACUGUGUUCUAUAUAUACUUUGACUAGAAGGAUUAUUGAAAUCGAAGAACGCUUGCAUAGUUUAUAUUUUGUAAAGUACAACAGAAACACUCACACACACAUUCAAUUAUAGAUUAGGGCUUGCAGCCUCAACUAGCCAGCAUAA